UUGGUCUCGAUAAUGAACAACAAUUUUUAUUCUGUUUGUCGUCGAAUUCUCGAAUCAUUCUUUGACACUCUCAAACAGGAAAGGGUCGAGAUAAAAACUUACCUGGUAGCCACUUCCCUUACCUAAACAGGAGAUACCCACUACACGUGCUAGUUACCCAACCUCUACACCUCGCAAACAGAAUUCCUCUACACACCCACCUGUCAACAAUUUCGAGUAAAAUCAUGGCUCUUACUCUAAAACCAGUAGAUGUUCCAUCCUUCUGUACAACUCAACUCCACCUCUUGGACCAAGAACUUCAAUCCGAGCUGUCCGAAACUUCGACCCUCAUAACUGGAACCUCACCCACUUCCCUUCAACGAGCUGGUCUUGCUAUUACAAAUCUCGUUUUGAUAUCUCAAAGAACGGGAUUGGGAGGAAAAACCGUUGUUGAGUUGGGUCCCGAUCCGGCAACUUCUAGUUCUGGCUCUGGAGCCAAAGGUAAAGGUGGUAGUGGGGGCUCGGGAGAAGGUGAAUUACAAGAACAUGGGAUACGGGUUGGCGAUAUUGUGGCGGUUAGUGAACAGCCCAGUGGUAGUGCAAAGAAGAGGGAAGUCAAAGAGUUAGAGGAGAAGGGGAGUAGAGGUGUGGUGACGAAAGUAGGGAGGAGUGCGGUGUGGGUUGCGCUGGAUGAGAAUGGGAAGGGCGAGGAGAAUGUUGGGGGUAUGAAAAGGUGUUGGGUGGUCAAGCUCGCAAAUGAUGUCACGUACAAAAGAAUGAAUGGUACCAUGGGAAAAUUGGGGAAGAUGCAAGAAGCGGAAUAUUCGAAUUUCGUGAGGGUUUUAUUUGGAUUGUCAUCACCUUCACCAGUUCCAGAAAACCUGGGGGAUACGGGAAUUGAGUGGCUGGAUCCAAGUUUAAAUGAUAGUCAAAAGCAUGCCAUUAAGUUUGCACUUGCUUCGAGAGAGAUGGCUUUGAUUCAUGGGCCACCUGGAACUGGUAAAACCCAUACCUUGAUUGAACUUAUUCUGCAGAUGCUCAAGCAGAAUCUCAGAGUCUUGGUGUGUGGGCCAUCCAAUAUAUCCGUGGAUAAUAUUGUUGAGCGACUUGCACCACAUAAGGUACCUAUUGUACGCCUGGGUCAUCCAGCGAGACUUUUGCCAUCAGUUGUCAAUCAUUCUCUUGAUGUCCUUACACAGACUUCAGAAGCGGCUGCGAUUGUGCAAGAUGUACGAAAAGAAAUGGAUACCAAACAAGCUUCAAUAAAAAAGACCAAGAGUGGCAGAGAACGAAAAGCUAUAUAUGGCGAUCUCAAGGAACUUCGUAAAGAGUUUCGAGAACGGGAAAGGAAAUGUGUCAAUACUUUAGUGGGCAGUUCAAAAGUCGUACUUGCAACCUUGCAUGGUGCUGGAGGAUUUCAACUGAGGGAUGAGAAAUUUGACGUUGUGAUCAUUGAUGAAGCGAGUCAAGCUUUGGAAGCUCAAUGUUGGGUACCUUUGCUAUCAGCUAGUAAAGUUGUUCUUGCCGGAGAUCAUCUCCAGUUGCCCCCAACAAUCAAAUCACUAAAUUCCAAGACUAAAACGAAAUCACAAGACACAGAGACAGAGGGUAUCAUUAAGGGGAUGACUUUGGAGACCACUCUGUUUGACCGAUUACUAAAAUUACAUGGCACUGGAAUCAAAGUCAUGCUUACUACACAAUACCGCAUGCAUGAAAAGAUCAUGAGAUUUCCCUCGGACGAGUUAUAUGAAUCAAAACUUGUCGCAGCUGAAGCAGUUAAGGCAAGACUUCUCACAGAACUACCUUAUGAUGUUGAAGAAACAGAGGAUACUAUUGAGCCCCUGAUAUUCUUCGACACUCAGGGUGGUGACUUCCCGGAAAAGAGCGAAGAGGAGAGUGUUGAUAAGAAAGCCGGCAAGGGAAUGUUAGGUGAAAGUAAAAGUAACGAAAUGGAAGCGGUUCUCGUGAGACGACAUGUCCAGAAUCUUGUCGAUGCUGGGUUGAAGCCAGAGGAUAUUGCAGUUGUAACGCCAUACAACGCUCAGCUCGCAUUAAUGUCUCGGUCGAUGAAGGAGGCCUUUCCCGGCAUCGAACUGGGCAGUGUUGAUGGGUUUCAAGGAAGGGAAAAAGAAGCAAUCAUUGUUUCCCUCGUUCGAAGUAACAGCGAACGCGAAGUGGGAUUUUUAGGAGAGAGGCGCAGAUUGAACGUCGCUAUGACCCGACCACGACGCUCACUGACAAUCAUUGGUGAUUCGGAAACUGUCUCGAGAGGUAGUAAAUUUCUCAAACGAUGGAUGGACUUUCUGGAAGAAAAUGCCGACUUACGAUACCCAUCCGUAGCGGAGUUGAACUCGUAAUGACCAUCAAUCAAUUAGGAUUUCGGUCGAAAAAUCCAAAAACCGUUACGCCUUCAAUGGCACUCUAGUUCCCGUCCCAAAGUUUGAGAUCCAUGAACGAAAUUAUGCAGUGCAGUUACGCAUGGAGCUUGGAGGAUGUGCCUCGGAAGCUUUUCGCUCCUCGCAUUUCUUUUUGGUCUUUGCUGACGACCCACAAAAGUGUCCAUAAACACCAUCGCUGUCGUGCCACGCGAUUUUGAUCUUUCCCUUUCGAGAAGAGGGUGUGCAUCAGACGAAUGACGAACUCGAUCUCAAGGACCCCCUGUAGUUUCAUGUAGAGUUUGGCAGUGGCACGGAUCCCAAGGUGUGCUUCGUACCGAGAACCUUUUCACGAAAUCCACUGGUGCCAUCUCCAAAAAGACUUGAUAAUCAACCCGUUUUUUUUCUCUCUUGUCAAAGAGUCAAAGACCCCCAAAUUUUGAUUAUGGAUGGCGGCGUUAGCUGUCACAUCUGUAUAUUGCAUGGAAAGUAUGAAGACGACAUGACCUAU